AAUAUUUGUCAUAUCCGACUCAUGUCAUCCACAAACCAUAGGAGUUAUUCGUACUCGAGCUGAAGGUUUCGGUAUCGAAGUUGUAGUUGGAAAGAUGCAUUCUUUCAAUUGGAAAGAAGUUCAAGGACAAGUUUGUGGAAUUCUAUUGCAAUAUCCAACCACACAAGGUAUAAUCGAAGACUAUGAAAAUAUCAUUACAGAAGCUCACCAUUCUGGAGCAAAGGUUAUUAUGAGUUGUGAUUUGUUGGCUUUGACUAUGUUGAAACCUCCUGGUGAGAUGCAUGCCGACUUUGCCGUAGGAUCGUCGCAAAGAUUUGGAGUGCCAAUGGGUUAUGGAGGUCCACAUGCUGCUUUUUUUGCAACGAAAGAUGAAUAUAAACGCUUAAUGCCUGGUCGUAUUAUUGGUGUAAGUAAAGAUAGCCAAGGAAAGCUUGCUUUUCGUAUGGCUAUGCAAACGAGAGAACAACACAUUCGUCGAGACAAGGCUACCAGUAAUAUUUGUACUGCACAAGCAUUGUUAGCCAACAUGAGUGCCAUGUACGGCAUUUAUCAUGGGCCGGAUGGUUUAAAGAAAAUUGCAUCAAGGAUACAUGAUAUAGCUCGAGUUUUUCAAAAGGCUGUUCAAGAUCUUGGAUAUGAAACAUCAUCUCCUGAAAGCUUUUUUGAUACUGUUCGUGUAUCUUGUCGUUCUAAGGAAGAACUGCAGAGUGUUUUAAAGCGCUUGGAAGAGUCCAAAAUCAAUGUUCGAGUUUUGGAUGAAAAAUCGAUCUGCUUGUCUUUUGAUGAAACUCAUACGAAAACGGAACUUGAUCUACUUAUUAGAUCUUUUGCAGGAAGGGACAAAGGUUCGGAUUUACAAAAGAUUGUCGAAUCUUUACCUGUACCUUCAGCUAUACAAGUCCGUACGAGUAAUUUUAUGACGCAUCCCGUAUUCCAUUCAUAUCGUUCGGAACAUGAACUUUUGCGAUAUAUGCAUCGAUUGCAGAGUAAAGAUGUUUCUUUGGUGCAUUCCAUGAUUCCUUUAGGUUCUUGCACUAUGAAAUUGAAUGCUACUUCCGAAAUGAUCCCGAUAAGUUGGCCGGAGUUUGCUCUUCCUCAUCCUUUUGCUCCAAAGGAACAGAUGAAAGGUUACUGGGAGAUGUUUGAAGAGUUGUCUGAGAGUCUAGUCAAAAUAACAAAAUUAAACAAGGUUUCUCUCCAACCCAAUUCAGGAGCACAAGGUGAAUAUACUGGGUUGAUGGUUAUACGAGAAUAUCACAAGUCUAGAAAGGAGGGACAUAGAAAUGUUUGUAUUAUUCCUGUUAGUGCUCAUGGAACAAAUCCUGCAAGUGCUGCCAUGUGUGGUAUGCGAAUUGUAGUAGUUGGUUGUGAUGAACACGGAAAUAUCAAUGUAAAAGAAUUGGAAGAGAAAGCGGAACAUUACAAGGACCAGUUGGCAGCGUUAAUGGUUACUUAUCCUUCCACCCAUGGAGUCUUUGAAGAUGGAAUUUUAGAUGUGGUAGAGAUAAUUCAUUCUCGAGGAGGACAAGUAUAUAUGGAUGGUGCCAAUAUGAAUGCACAAGUUGGUAUUUGUUCUCCUGGCGAUAUUGGAGCCGAUGUUUGUCACUUGAACUUGCAUAAAACUUUUUGUAUUCCUCAUGGUGGAGGUGGUCCAGGUAUGGGACCUAUAGCAGUUGCAAGUCAUCUGGCUCCUUUCUUACCAUCUCAUCCUGUUAUUCCUCCUCUUCAUGUCGAUCCCAAACAUUGUUUGGGAGCGGUGGCUGCAGCACCUUAUGGUUCUUCUAGUAUAUUACCUAUUUCAUAUAUGUAUAUCAAAAUGAUGGGUGACGAAGGAUUGACUAGAGCUACUAAAGUGGCCAUUCUGAAUGCCAACUAUAUGGCACAACGACUCUCGGCUUCUUAUCCUAUUCUGUAUCGAGGAAAACAUGGUCGGGUCGCUCAUGAAUUUAUUAUUGAUUUGCGUCCUCUUAAGGCAACAUCGGGAGUCACUGAAGCGGAUGUGGCCAAAAGACUUCAAGAUUAUGGUUUCCACUCUCCCACUAUGUCAUUUCCAGUAGCUGGAACACUGAUGGUUGAACCUACUGAGAGUGAAUCCAAAGCAGAAUUGGAUCGUUUAUGUGAUGCUUUGUUGAUGAUAAGAGAAGAAAUUCGAGAUAUUGAAAAUGGUAAAAUGGAUAAGGAAGACAAUCCGCUGAAGAAUGCUCCCCAUACUGCAGAUGUGGUGUCUUCAGAUAAUUGGAAUCGAUCAUAUUCUCGUCAGUUGGCAGCAUAUCCUGCAGAAUGGACUCGUACAUUUAAGUUGUGGCCAUCUGUUAGUAGAAUAGAUGAUGCUUAUGGUGACAAAAAUUUGGUUUGUACUUGUCCUCCUUUAGAAAGUUAUGUGGAAGCAGAACAACGAGUGGCUUGAAGUGUUCAACGUGAAAUAAAAAGGAAUUUGGUUGUCCAUUGGAAAUUGGUGACAGGGCUUUGAAGAGAGAAAAUGACUUUGUUCUGACAGAGGCAAAUACUGACUUUUUACGAAUAUCUGUAGUUUGUAUU